ACGAACCGACGAGCUCCUCCGGUCCUCCCCAACUGGCAGUCCAAAUUCCUCUGCACGCAAACCCCACACUCUCUUCUUUCUCCAAAUUAAUGCAAUCCAAACUAAGCUCCUUCUUCAAGCCUUCGUUUUCGUCUUCCAAAGCCGCCGCCGCUCCCGACCCACCUUCCGACGAUGUCACCACUUACAGCCGCCGCAAAGCUUCCAGAUUCAGUAAUGGGGAUCAGAGAAAUGAAAGCGGCAGAGGAUCUGGAUACGAUCUUGUGGACGAGUCUGUCUCUGGUGAAGUCUUCUCAAAACCGGAUUCGAGGAAUCCGGGAAGUGGGAAAGUUUUGAACAAAAAGAGAAGCUAUGCGCAACUCCAUUUGGAUUUGGGGCAAUCGGAUUUUAAUCUCCGGAGCUGUUCCUCUUGCGGGUUUCAUUACGCUGCGGGAGAUGAGCAGGAUGAAAAAGUGCAUAAAUCAUUUCACAGAAACUUCACCCAAGGUAUUCCCUUUAGGGGUUGGCAGAACGAAAGGGUAAUUCCCAUGGCUUUCAGUGGAGGGGACCGUAUAAUUUUGAUCUUGAAUUCUGACCCUUCACCUCAUAAAACUAAGGUUAAGGAUGUGAUAAAGAUGAUGGAGAUUGAGCUCCACGAAGGGUGGAUUUUUCAUGAACUCUGCAAGGUCUAUCUAUAUGUUUCAUCGAACAGAAUUGCUGGUUGCCUGGUUGCUGAACCAAUAAAAGAAGCAUUCAAGAUGAUUUCUACAUCCACAGAUAAAAAGGCGGAUUCUGGAGCUAUUAGAAAGGAUACAAGGUUAAACUCAGGGGGAGCUCUCAAGUUUGGAAACGUCAUCUUCAAAAGGGAAGAAGCUAAAAAAAAGAUUCCUUCCGUUAGUUCUCAGGAGAUGAUUACUGGCGCAGUUGUUUGUGAAGAGAAAUCUGUUCCUGCUGCGUGCGGCAUUAGAGCAAUUUGGGUGACCCCCUCAAACAGAAGAAAAGGAAUCGCCAGUCAUUUACUCGACGCUGCUAGGAAAAGUUUCUGUAAGGACAGCAUCCUUGAGCGUUCUAAGUUGGCAUUCUCACCUCCAACUUCAGCUGGAAGGCCUCUGGCCUGUCGUUACUUUGGAAACAAGCCACUCUUGCUUUACAAAGCCGAUCCUAUUCCUACAGCAGGCGACUGAAGAAAGCAGCAUUGGUCAAAGCUUCCCGAUGUCAUUAUGCAUCAUUCACAAAAAAAAAAAAAUCAUCUGGAUUGUC